AAUGAUGGCGUUAACUUUGUGAAUUCGAUUUUGUAUUUACGAGCAAUUUAUUAAAGAAUUGCUAUGUUUGCAAUUAUUCCAGCUGAACUGUGAAGUCAUAAAUAAUUUUCAAGAUGAUGCUAACAAUUCACGGUUUACCACUCGCCGUGAAAUACCACGAUUUGAAAUGUAUGAUUAAAGAGAAGUGUAAUAUAAAUGACUACAUAUUGGACAAUUUGGUGACGGCAGGCGAUGGUACGAAGAAAGUUCGUAUCGGAUUAGCAGAUGAGAGAGAGGGGUCGUAUUUGAUAAAAUGUCUUGAUGGAUUCCGCAUGGGAACUAAUGUUUUAAGUGUCGUGCCUGUAAGCAAACCGCCGCAAUCCAACCCACCUUCAAACUUUGACCAACGAGAAGGAUAUCCACAAAGAAAUGACUAUGCUAACCAGACUGGGCCCAACUACGGCAAUAGGCCUAUGGACAUUGUCAGGCCUGACCCAAUGAUGCGCCCAGAGCCAGUCAGAGCGGACCCAUGGGCCAAUAACAGUAACAACCAAUGGGUGCCUAAUCAACCUGGUCCUAAUCAAGCAAUGGGCCAUGCCCCCCUGCAACAGAAUAACUUUGGCUACCAACAACCCCAAGCUGUGAAUACUGGUUCUUAUGGGCAACAGCCUCUACCUCAAGUACAGAGGCCAGAUAUGCGUCCUUUCGACCAGAGAGAUCAAUUCCAAGGACGGAUGGCGCCACAAGACCAGGGUUAUGGAUUCCCGCCGAAAAAUAAUGUGCCUGAUCCUAAUGCGGGGCGCCGCGGCGAUGCGCGUGCGCACGUCCUGCGCAGCGUGGAGAUCAUCGACGAGCCGCUCAGCCGCUCCAUCGCACAGCCCCCGCGCUACCCGCAGCCCUACACAGCCAACCAGAAACCUAUAACAAUAAUGAAGGACAACUUCCAAGGACCGCAAUACAACCUUGAUCGUCAAACGGGGCAGUUGUACCAGCCCUCCCAAGGUCAAGGACUUUCAGGCGAAGGUCAUUCAGGACAAGGUCACCCCAUCCCUGGACACCAACAAGAUCAACAAUCUUGGAAUCAAAAUGUGCCUCAAGAUAAAGCACCAUUCUCGAAAUCGAGCCCAACAUUCGACAGGAAGUACCCCGACCCUAAGAAACCUAUUCUGUCCAAAAACUUGGGAGAUACGCCACAGAACGUCCACAAUUAUGACAAACCUGGCCCAAGAUUCUCGCCAAGGAGGGACGUACCUCCGCAUGGUAGAAUGCAAUCGCCUGGACGACGUAUGUCGCCAGGACGUAGAAUGCCAUCGCCUGGUAGAAGAAUGGGCUCUCCAGGACGUAGAAUGCCUUCGCCAGGUCGGCGAAUGCCUUCACCGGGACGUAGGGGGCCCUCUCCGGGACGCAGAGGACCCUCUCCGGGACGCAGAGGUUCCUCUCCGGGACGUAGGAUGCCACCGUCGCCAGGACGAAGGAUGCCAUCUCCAGGACGUAGGAUGCCUUCACCGGGACGUAGAGGACCUUCACCGGGACGUAGAAUGCCUUCGCCAGGACGUAGAAUGGGUUCUCCAGGACGUAGGAUGCCUUCGCCAGGACGCCGGAUGCCGUCGCCCGGCAAAAGAAUAUCUCCUGGACGAAGGAUGUCUCCAGAUGACAGACGCAUGGGUCGGCUGCCGGUGCGUCGCGACUCCCCUUCUCGUCGCGGAGCGUCGCCUUCGCACAAGCGACAUGAACCACCCAGGUUUUCCCCGUCUCGGCACCAAGUAGACAAGCCUGGGGACAAGUAUGGCAGCCAGGAGUCGCGCCCGCUCAAGGACGUUCGACCUGCGUACGACGCAACCUCACAGGCGCCAAAUCAAGCUAUGUACUCAGGUGGUUACCGACCGAGUCUCCAUGAGAAUAUUCAGUACCCUAUCCCGGGCGUUAGACCUGAACAACGGGCGUCGCCCUGGCAACAAGACAGGGACAAAGCUAUAUUCCAAGGAGGGAUGGGGAUGAAGAAGGAAGAAGACAGAAGAGAUAGAAUGCCCAAGUUUGAGCCUAGAAUUGAUGAUGAUCCAAAGCGCGCGCGUUCGCCGCGCAAGUCUCGCUCGCCGUUGCGCCGGGACAGGUCUCCCCUUCGGGACCGCUUCAAGAAACAUUCUCCUUCCCCGCGAUCGCCGCGCCGCUCUUGGGCGCUGGAGAAACGUCGCUCCCCCGAAGAUCGCGAAGCACCGCCGCCGCCGAUAUGGCCUGGACAAAGCCGAGAAGACAACUCAUUCCGCAACCGCUUCACGGACAGAGAAGAGGAUAAAGGCAAGCGCAUGCCGGUUUGGGAACCUCGACGGCCCGAAGACGAGAGACGGUUCGACGAAUCCCGACCACGUCCGGAUAUCGCAGGCCGACCUAUGAUGGAGUCAGCACGAGGACACAAUUUUAAACCCGAUGAACGCUUCCCUCAAAGGGACCCUAAAUUUGGACCCAGAGAACCCAAGUAUGAACCCCGUGAAGAAUUCCGCCGAGCGGAUGACAAACGAUUCGAGAGAGACUUCAGAGAACCUCCAAGGUUAGACGACGAUCGUCACGGCAAUCGCAACCUCGAUAAAAGAAGGGAAGAAUUUUCCAGAGAAGAUUUUGUAAGAGAAGACAGGAAGAUGCCGAAAAUACCCGAUGUCGAUAAAGAGUUUGAGGACAUUUACAAAAGAGCUGUGGAGUUCAACAAGAAAGCGGAAGAACUGCGCAAGCGCGAGGAUCGUCGUAGGGAGGAGUACGAACGUCGGGAUGAGGAACCCAAGAGUUUCGACAGGAAGUUCCACGGUGAGGGACGACAACGUUCGGAGGAGCGACGCCGCGACGAUAGACAUGACUACCGCCCCGACGAACGCGAUCGACGCGACGACUUCAAGCAACGAGAGCCCGACUGGAAGGUAGAAGAGAAACGAAACUCAAUAAGCCCAAGCCUAAGGGUCAAGAGAGAGAAAGCAGUCGACGAAAUCAGCAGCAAGAUUUUGGAGAAACACGGAGGCCAUAUCGCCGGGGAGAUUAGAAUUCGCGUAUUAGAGGAACUGAAGUUAUCCAUCUCCAAACUGAUUCAAGAAAUGUUCGGGUAUCAAGAUGUCUCGUUCAUAGAGAUGGUCGUUAAAUUCAACACUAAGUACGAGACGAGAAGUGAAAUUAAGAUAUUACAGGAGGUUAUGUCAAGUCUCCCAAGCCACUACAGGAAUUUGAAGAGGCCGGCAAACGAACCCAGAACGGGCGAUACUCCUACGAAAACUUCUAGGCGUUCUCCUGAACACAACUUGAGUCGAGAUAAUGAACCUGAAACGCUGUCCGAACAACGUAAACAUUGGCCUGGUCCGCGGCCCACGAGGCCCCAGCAGACCAGAAUCGAGAAGACAUCAGCGUCCCAAGUUCGCAAGGUGCCGAGAAAUAUAUACCGGAUCAUGAAUCGCCUGGAACGCGAAGGGUCUGGCGAGGCUAAGGAAUCAACCUCAGGGCCCAGUCAUACUCCCGCGAUGGCACAGAAAGUUGCCAAAUUUGAAAAUAAAAUCAUCAAAACUGAAAAGAAAAAGGCUCAACUUGCGUUGACGGCCGCGAAGGCAGAUAAGAAAGCAGAUAAAAAUAAGUCCUCGCCCUCGGUGGAGCCUACAGCGGACGGACACUAUGAACUGAACCCACUCAUGUCACAAGUGCUGGACGACGAACUCCAACGCAUUAUGAUCAAGGUAUGGCAAGCGUUGCCGGACGAGCCGCCAACAGAAGCGGAAAAACUGGUCGCAGACACGUUCAGGAACGAAGCAGGAGACGAGCUUAGAAACGUAUUAGGACUCAACGUUACCAAACGGAUCCUACAUGUUUAUAAUCCUCUAUACCUAAAGGUGGAAUUCAACGAGAAGCCGUCAGGACAGCAGUUCCAGAACUUCCUUAAGUGGCUGGAUUGCACUGGGAUGAAGAAGAUUGAAGACGGACCAUUCACGUACUGCGCGCAGGUGUACAAGAUCAGAUCCUUCGAUCGAGCUUGUCACAUCAAGAGCGUACGGUUUGGGACUUUGAGAGCAACCUUUACGCCGCACUACAAUUACAGGCAAUGUCCGUCAAAGCUCAACACUCUAUACAAAGAAAAUAAGAAAGAGAAAAAUAUUGACAAAUGGAAUUGCUAUAAGGAAAACGCAAAAGAUUCUGCGCCGGAGAAGAAACCUGCAGCAAAUGUGACGGUGGACAAAACAGACAGUACUGAAACCAAGAAAGUUGCAGAAAUCAACCAAAAAACAACAGAGGCAAAUGAAGAUAACAAAACUCCAGUAAAGAGUAACGCAGUAAAACCGACAGUAAACACACAAGUUACAAAUAAUACUCAGCAAAAAGUUGCAGCAACAACGAAAAUUGCACCACAAAAACCUACUGAAAGUCAACCAACAACUACACUGAAAGAAAAGCUUAAUAAAACAGAACUCCCUGGUAAAGAUAUACCAAAUGUAGACAAAACAGUUACUGUUAAACAAACUCCAAAUGCUGUUAAAACAGUUACAACUAAACAAGAUACAAACGUAGCUAAAACAGUUACAGGCAAAGAAACAGCAAAUGUGGUUAAGACAGUUGCAUCUACACAAAAUACGAAUGUAGCUAAAAAAGUACCUGCUAAACAAACCCCAGGUGUGGUUAAAACAGUUGCUACUAAACAAAAUCCAAAUGUAGCUAAAACAGUUGCCGCUAAAGAAACCCCCACGGUUGUUAAUACAGUUGCAACUCAACAAAACCCAAAUGUAGCUAAAGCAGUGACUGCUAAAGAAACCCCAGGUGUAGCUAAAACUACUACUACUAAACAAAAUCCAAACAGAGCAAAAACAGUGAAAGAAAACUCAACUGCUGUUAAAACAGUUGCAACUAAACAAAGUGCAGGUGUGGUUAAAACAGUUGCGUCGCCGAAAACUGAAAAUGCACCGAAAGAUAAUGCAGAUACGAAACCUGCAAUUGUAGAAAACGUUAAAAGCACACCUAAAAAGAUUACACCGAAUAAAAACGCUGAAGUUAUUGUUGCCGCUAAAAAAUCACCUAUUAAACAUGUCACAUUUGCUGAUCCUGAAAAUGUGAAUAAAGUAAACACUUCCGUAAAACCUGCUGUAGCUAAAAGUGCACCUACAAAAGUUACUCCUAACAAAAGUGUUAAAGUCCCAGUGACUGCAAUUGUGAAUAAAGCAAACACUGGUACAAAACCAGUCGCUAAAUGCACGACUGCAAAAGUCACUUCAAAUAAAAUAGACAAUUUUGAAAAAGGCAAAUUAACAGUCGGGAAUAAAAAUAGUGAUUUUGAUGAAUUGGAUGAUGAAGAUAUACUUGCGUUGAUGUCCGACGCUAUAGUCUUAGAUGAAUGCAGUGGUUCCGAAGAUGAAUCGUGAUCACCAACAAAUGCACUAGAAGAGAGUGCAGACGUGAAACCUGCAAUUAUAGCAAACAUUAAAAGAACACCCACAAUAGUUACACUGAAUGAAAAUGCUGAAAUGAUUGUUGCAAAUAUAAGUAAAAUAACCACUAGUACAACUGCAGCCACAAAAAAAUCCCCUGCUAAACAUGUCACAUUUGCUGAACCUUUAUGUGAGACUAUAAUAAUUGAACCUAACAAAAAUGUAAAAACCAAAAAAGAGAAUGAAACGAAUACUGGUACAAUGCCACCAGAAGAUAUGCUUGAGUUUAUGUCAGAUGCUAUAAUCUUAGAUGAAUGUAGUAGUUCAGACAAUGAAUCGUGAUUGUAUUUUUAAGAAACGCCAAACGUUUUAUAAAGUCAGUAGAAUUAGUUCUUUAGGGCUGUCACAAAUGUUUUAAAAUAUAAGUUUUAAUAA